GACAGAACAUCUAUUGCUCUUUAGAAUUGUGUGAUACCCACUCAGGCAAAUGCUAUUGUGAUUAUUCAGGAUUCUAUUUAAUUUAUUUUAUUUAAUUAAAAAAAUAUCUUCAUUUUUGGCUGCAGAAAGACAUGGCAGAGGAUAAAACUUUUCGCUACGGGCUGAUUGUCCUGGGAUUUUUUUUGGUGAUGAUUGGCAUGUUUAUAAUGAGCGUUGAUAAGCCCCAUGUCUAUAUCACAUUUUGUACCAUGGGUGUAUUUAUGGUGUGCAUUGGAAUUACCUGGAGUAUAUGUCAGUGCUAUCCUAAGAUCACCUUUACUCCUGUUGAUAUGGAAGCCGCUGCACUAACAGAGAAGAGUUCAGGAUACCCUUAUAAUGAAAAGCCGGAGAAACCUUGGUCAACUACUCACUAUACCACUAGUAAGGAGGCGGAACGCUUUGAAACAUCUUUGCCAUCGUAUGAGCAGAUUGAGAAAAAAGUAGAGGGACCUGCUGAGCCAAAGGGAGAUCUUUCCAUCCCGUCUUUCAUGCAAACUACGUUAUCAACCGGUUCAAAGUCUAAGCUUCAAGCCAUGGUUGAAAUUCACGAGAAUUUAAUUGAUGUUACAGGAAUACCGAAUGGGAUAGAAGAUAUAGAGUGCCAGUCAGAUGAUCGGAAAGCUGCUCCCCUUGCAUUGGUGGAAGGAGACACUAGCUCAUCCUCUGAUGACAGUAGCAGUAGUGAUUCCUCUCUGAAGAGCUGUGAUGCAGUCCAGAAUGAUGAAACCAAAAACGAUAUAAAAGAACUUCUGGGAAGCCCUUACUCUGGUGAAGGGCUUACCCUUAUAGAUGCAUCGGCACCAACGUAUGAAAGAAUAGGUCCAUCUUUGGAACAAGUUAGAGCUUUAGGACCAAACUGGGUGCUGGGCGCUGACGGAGAAGAAGAAUUUGUGCAAGCUUUGUUUUUACCUGAGCACACGCAAGAACCAGAAAUAGAUGAAAUGUAUUACAGAUUGGAAGAUGAGCCAGAUAAUAUAUUGAUUGCCGGAGAAUCAGACUUGGAACAGUGACCGCAAAGCUGAUAAUAAAAACUAACAAUCUCUUUUAAACCACAGAUGAAAAACAAUGCCAAAUACUGGAUAUCUAUAAAUUUCAAGUUAUACUCCUCAGUUGUGAUUUUUUCAAUGGGUUACUUGCAAAAUUGAAAGAGUCCAUGUUCAGUAGCUUAAAAAGCACUCAGAGUAUUUCAGAAGUCCCUUAGUGUGCUCCAUGCAGUGUGCUCAGAGAGAGGAGGUUGGCUGCCUCGCCUAAUGGCCAUACAGUGCUGGUACAAGGAAUUCUAUUACUUGAACCAAAAAUCCACAUUGCUGCCAGCCCUCUUAUAUCAUUUAUACCUUCAGCCUAUUUUUCCUUCUCAACUUUGCUUCUCUCCUCUGGUAUUUCCCUGUUAUCUCUCUCGGCUCUCUGUUAGUGUUUUUUUUUUUUAAUUGGUUAACUGUGUGUGGUGGCUGUAUGGGAUGACUGUUUGUUUGCUAUGUGUAAAGCUGUGCACUAUGUUUGGGGUGGCUGCUUGUGGGUAACUGUAUGUUGUGGAGUGUGUGAGAAACAUAGAAACAUAGAAUGUUACGGCAGAUAAGAACCAUUCGACCCAUCUAGUCUGCCCAAUUUAAGGCUGUAUGUAUGGUGUAUGGGAAGACUGUGGGAGUGGGUUGGCUGUCAUUAUGUUUGUGUUGUGUGGCAUAGGUUGUUUACGUUGUGUCUAGUCUGUCCGUGUGUGUUUUUCAAGGCUGUGUGUGUUGCGUGUUGCCUGUGAGGUGAGGAUGUUGUGCAUAGGAUUGUGUAUGUGUGUAGGGAGGUUAUAUCUUUGAGGUGACUGCAUGUGGUGGGUGGAUGUGUCUAGAGGGAUGUGUGUUUUAGCUGUGUGUUGGGAGGCUCUGUGUAUUGUGUGUAGGAAGACUGUGUGGGAAAUGCUGUGUCUGUAGGGUGGUUGUGUGUCAUGUUGGUGGCUUUGGUUGUGUUUUCUGUAGAGGCUCGGUAUUGUUUGUGGGGUGGGAAGGCUUUGCGUGCAGAUUCUGUGUGUGGGGAGGCUGUGUAUAUUUUGUGUGGGUGGUUCUUUGAGUUCUAUGUAUGUGUGGCGAGGCUGUGUUUGUGAGAAGGGUUUGUCUGUUGAGGCUCUGUAUGUUGUGCGUGUGUGAAGGCUGUGUAUUAUGUCCAGCCUUCCUAAACAAUACAAUAUUAGUUUUAAAAACUUCAUACACCAUGUGUUUUGAAGCCGAUACUAUCUUUCUUUUCUGUGAGAUAAGACCUGCAACCUCUAAAACUACAUCCACAGCUCUGCAAGAAAGUCACUAAAGCCCUCCCUGGAUGUGUCUUGAUGUGCUCACCUGGCCGUAAUUGGUGGUUAAACAAAUAUUUUAGUUUUUCUUAUAUUUUGCAGUCCUUGAAAAAAGAGCAAGUCACUGCAUACUUCAGGAACAAGUAGAUCUGACCAAGUGUCCAUAAAUAAGGGAUGCACCAAUUCAGUCAUGUUGUAUACAUUUAUUUAGAUAUAUAUUUUCCACUAGUUUAUAUCAAUGGUUUUACAGCAAAAUAUUGAAUGGCAGGCUGUGACAAAUGGUUCUAGUUGCUAAUCCUAAAUUAAGGUAAAGUAAGGCAAUUCUCACUCCAAUAAAGCUAAUUAGUAACUCCUUCAUGUUGUACAUUAUUACAGAUAUUGUAUAAUAUUGCAUUGUUCUAAUAAUUUACAAAACUCGUUUAGCAAGAUAUGUGAAUUUUGAUUAGUAUUUUACAGGUUAAUUAUCAAAACAGUUUACUGGCUAAAAUUAUAGUUAACAUUUCAAGUUUAAAGUGUUAAUUUGCAUAUUAUUAUUUAUUUAGCACCAACAAAUAGAUAGAAUAUUCUGUUGAAAAGUAUACCAACAGAGUUAUUCAUUAAGGUGAGAAUUCAAAGUGAAUUUUAAAUUUAUGAUCUAAGCAGUCGAAAUUGAAUUUUUAAAUUCACUUUGAAUUUUCAAUUUAGUAAAUAUCCCUUAUUUAAAUUUUGUGAGUGCAGCAACGCACUUAUUAAAUUAUUAUUAUUAAAGGAAAUUUCGUACUGCUUAUAAAUUGUGGAGUCGAGAAAAAAAAAGCUAUUUAUCUGGAGCUUUUUUCUUUAUUUGUUAUUGAAUAUGAAAGGAUAUAAAAAGAGA